GUUGGAUGAGAGUGGGUCUUUGUCGACAGUUUUCGUCGUAACGUCGUGAGAAUUGAAACAAAUGCGACAGAAGAAUUGAACCUUUUGCGCGUGACAUUGACAGACGAUGAUGAGUGGCUGGAAGUCGGCGGAGUCUCCAUGGACCAUGGUUAUGUUGAAAGAAUACAUUUGUACGAUGUCGCCGGAAGAGAAGGAGUACGCGGCGGCAUAUUUGAACGAGACGGACAAAGACAGACCGAUUAAAAUUGCGGAACUUAAACGCUGGAUCGUAGAGAACGACGAACUAGACGCGCCGACUGACGACUUCUUUUUGCUGCGGUUUUUGCGAGCCAGCAAGUUCAAUGUGGAUAAAGCGAAAAGCAAACUGCGAAAUUAUUACAAACAGAGGGCAACCGUGCCGGAAUGGUACACCGACAGGAAUCCGUGUCUGCCAAAAUUGCAAGAACUCUUCGAUCUCGGAGUGCUGUUGCCCCUAAGAAAGCUGGACAACGAGGGAAGAAUGGUGGUGAUCGUACGCGCGGCCGCGCACAAUCCGUCGCGGCACAAAAUGGCGGACAUGUUGAAGGCCGCCCUGAUGGUAUUGGAUCUGGCGUUGAGAGAUCAUGAGUCGAUGACCAUUCACGGGGUCACCGCGAUUCUGGACAUCGGUGGCAUGACGUACGAGCACGUGUUUCAAUUGUCGUUGAACGUGAUCAAGAAUUUGGUGCACGCCUGGCAAGACUGCUAUCCGGUCAGGAUACACGCGUUGAAUUUCAUCAAUUCGCCCAGGUUCGUCAACGUGGUGCUGAACAUCUUCAGGGGCUUCAUGAAGGGGAAAUUGAAGCAACGGGUGCAUGUGUACGCGCGGGGCAAAUUGAAGCUGUACGAGACGCUGCCGAAUUAUAUUUUACCGGAGGAAUACGACGGCACCAACGGCACUAUCAAUGAACUGAUUGAGUAUUGGAAGCGUGCCGUGGAGAACAACAGCGAGUGGUUCGCUGAGCAGGAAAAGUACAAAUUGACGUCGAUUAAGUAACCAGAUUGGCACUAAUUCGCGAUCACGAGGGAGAGCUCAUCUACAUGCAGUCGCCGACAAUAUUGAGAAUAGUUCUUCCGACAGCUGGGACCAACACACGUGUAGUACGACAUAUCUAAGUGUUUUGUAUAUUUUUUUGUAAAACCUUUCUUUGCUUCCUUAUUUUUGUAAUUUUAUACACAGAAUUAUCGUAAUGAAAAUAGAAAUGUACACACCGUUUUCUGGGUCUUAUCUAAGUGUCCCCUUCAUUUCUAUUCGGACGUCCCAUCCAGGGGCAGAAUAUCGCGCGAGAAUUCAACUAAAGAUACGUCGCGACGCGAAUCGCAUCGAUAAGUGUAUAAAACGUAACCGUUAUGAUUCUUUAUAUGCUAUAAUAUGGUACAUGUCCGUGGGGUCCUAGAAUCCGUGGGUCGCGCGCGCUUACCGCAAAUGCGUGUUUACAACAAAACCGUGCAGAACGCUAGUUGAUUAUAUUUAUAAAAUUCACGAUCGCUCGGGGAUGAUUCUUUUACUUUUCACGCGAGUAUACACAUCAACAUCAUCAUUCUCCUUUCUGGAUGCGCGAAACGUGAUCGGGGAGGGUCAUGUUGGUACACAAUAAAUUAUAUUUUUCAAAUCAGUCUAUAAGUCAUAAUUUUUUUUAGUAAAUUUGAAGCUCUU